AUGAUGGAAGACUCAAACUUACAUUCUGAUAAUGAAAAGAUUGAUGAUCAAAGUGUGAUUCAUCAUGAUGAGGCCCAAUCUCAAUCACCAUCAAGUUUGUCCACUGUUAUAAGUCCAAUUACGACUAGUAGUGUAAAGAGAAAACGGUUUCAAAUAGAAUCUUUUGCUGACAAAAUUACUGAAUCAGAAAAUAAAAUCAGGCCAUCUUAUACUUUGCCUUCCAGCAAGCGCGUAUCAACCACACUUUUGGAUACUGAAUAUAAUGCAAUGAAAACUGAAAUUAAAGGGGAGUUGGAUAAUUCGAAAAAUUUACACCUACAAUGUGAUGGUUAG